AUGACGGUGCGUAAAGGCAAAACUUUAGCCAUCACCAUCCAGGAGCACAUGGCCAUCGACGUCUGCCCAGGUCCCAUCAGGCCCAUCCGCCAGAUCUCUGCCUACUUCCCUCGCCUCUCGCCCACGUCCUCAUUCUCAGAGCCGCUCUCACCCAGUCAAACGGCGGCUGCCGCUGCUGCCCUCAGUCCUGGCGGUGCCACAGGAGGAGGGAGCGGCGGGUUGCUGUCCCCCUUGUUUGGGGCAGGUGGCGGUGGAGGGGCCUCACUCUCCGCCAUGAGCAGCAUGGACACUUCAAUAGAAGUGGACAGCUGUGACAGCGACGAUAAUACUUCUCUGGGGACAUUGGAGUUCGACCUGCUGUAUGACCGCGCUACAAGCUCCUUACACUGCACUGUCCUCAAAGCAAAGGGUCUCAAACCGAUGGAUUUCAACGGCCUGGCUGAUCCCUACGUGAAGCUGCACCUUUUGCCCGGAGCCUGCAAGGCCAACAAACUCAAAACCAAGACGGUGCGUAACACACUGAACCCGGUGUGGAACGAGACUCUGACAUACUGCGGCAUCACAGAGGAGGACAUGUAUCGCAAAACUCUGCGGGUGUCAGUGUGCGACGAGGACAAGCUGACGCACAACGAGUUCAUCGGGGAAUCGCGGAUAGCCCUCCGCCGCAUCAAGCCCGACCAGACCAAACACUUCAACAUUUGUUUGGAGCACCCACCUCCUCUUCCUUCGCCGACAGCCAUGAGCACAGCCCUCAGAGGCAUCUCCUGCUACCUAAGAGAGGUGAGCUCGUCUUUUGUCUCUCAGAGAAGCCUGGAGGAGAGAGGCCGCCUGCUGCUGUGCCUGCAGUACGGAGCCAAAGAGAGGGCCAGAGGCGGAUUGUGCGUGGGCGUCAAGCGCUGCGCCCACCUGGCAGCCAUGGACGUCAACGGAUUCUCCGACCCAUACGUCAAAACGUACCUCAAGCCAGAUGUUCAGAAGAAGUCCAAGCACAAAACGGCAGUCAUCAAAAAGACUCUCAACCCGGAGUUUAAUGAGGAGUUUUUCUAUGAGAUCUCCUUCUCGGAGCUCGUCACCAAGACAUUAGAGGUCACCGUCUGGGAUUACGACCUUGGCAAGUCCAAUGACUUCAUUGGGGGCGUCUCUUUAGGGUGCCACUCGCAGGGCGACACCCUUCAGCACUGGAGAGACUGUCUGAAGAACAAGGGCGAGAAGGUGGAGCGCUGGCACACGCUGACCAACGAGCUGCCCGGUUCCGCCACGCAGGAAUGA